AUGAUCUGGUUGAAGGAAAAGGCUACGGUUCCCCCUCGCGUGUUCUUGAACCGAACGGUUUGGUCUUGUGCUUUCUUCGGCACUUGCUUGGGUGCCUCUUUUUUCGUCGUCCUCUACUACCUCCCCAUCUGGUUCCAAGCCGUGAAAGGCACAUCCGCCAUCCAAUCCGGUAUCAAAAACAUACCCAUGAUUCUCUCCGUCGUCAUCUUCUCCAUCAUCUCCGGCGGUCUCGUCACCACCCUUGGAUACUACACCCCCUUCAUGAUUGCCUCCGCCAUCCUCAUGUCCGUCGGUGCCGGUAUGCUUUCCACCUUUGACGUCGACACCGGCGUGGCCCACUGGAUCGGCUAUCAAAUUAUCUUCGGUAUCGGUGUUGGUCUGGGCAUGCAGCAGGCCAUGGUUGCUAUUCAGGCUUCUGUCGCCGGCGCCGAUGUUGCCAUUGGCACUGCAAUCAUCAUCUUCUCUCAGACCCUCGGCGGUGCCCUCUUCAUCUGCGUCGCGCAAAACGUCUUUCAGAACAAGCUUGUUUCCAACAUUGCUGAUGCGCAUAUUACCGGUCUUAACCCGGCAAGCGUGGUGUCCGUUGGUGCUACCCAGGUCCAGACUUUGAUUCCUACAAAGUUUCUGCCCGCAGUUCUUCACGCCUACAAUGGUGCUGUCACCAACACCUUUUAUGUGUCGGCUGCAAUGGCAGCCUUGUCCCUCGUUGGCGCUGUUGCUGCGCCGUGGAACUCUGUUAAAGACAAGAAGAUUGAAAUAGCUGCAGCUUAA